GGUAAAAGGCAGAAAAGUAGCAGCACUUUUUGCAGCUGCUGUUGGUGUGUGUGUGUUCGGUGUGUUCCUGUUCCGUUGUAAAGCAGCAGCCCGUCUAGCAGCAGCCCCCUCAGAAGCCCGGACCAGCAUUAACAACCCAACAAAUGCAAAUUGGUUUCAAUUCUUUUGCGUGACACGCUCUUUUUUUUGUUAAAAUCAGCAAUUUAAAGCUCAUACACACACACUCACACGCACACAGUUUUAGGCACAUACAGGAAAUAAAUUUAUACAUAUUUUUUAGGCAAAACAAAAAACACACACAUUUCUCUGGGAAACACAACAAAAGUAUUGUAACGUAAAUUCGACUUAAAAGAGCAAAACAAAAAUAAUAAAAGUAAAAAAAUGCCAUCGGACGCUAAGAAACGCGAUGCACAACGCAAAAAAGAUGCGCGCAACAAGAAGAUCCAACAGAUACCGUCCACGAAGAAGUCAAAUGGUGUGAACGGUGUGGAUCGCGAACUGACCGAAGAGGAGAAACUGUGCGCCAAACUGGAGGAGGAGGCACGGAUCAAUUCCGAGGCGCGCUCCUGUACCGGUUCAUUGGCUGUCCAUCCAAGAUCGCGUGAUGUGAAAAUUGCCACCUUCUCAAUUACGUUCUUUGGCUCUGAGCUGCUGCAGGACACAAUGCUCGAGCUGAAUUGCGGUCGUCGCUAUGGACUAAUUGGUCUCAAUGGCUGUGGCAAAUCAUCGCUGCUGGCUGUGCUUGGCGGUCGGGAGGUACCCAUUCCGCCACACAUUGAUAUAUUCCAUUUGACGCGUGAGAUACCAGCGAGCACGAAGAGUGCGCUUCAGUGCGUCAUGGAGGUCGAUGAGGAGCGCAUCAAGCUCGAAAAGCUCGCCGAGGAGCUGGCCAUGAGCGAGGAGGACGAUGCCCAGGAGCAGCUAAUCGAUAUCUAUGAGCGACUCGAUGACAUGUCCGCCGAUCUGGCCGAGGUCAAGGCCGCUCGCAUUCUUCACGGUCUUGGCUUUGACAAGGCCAUGCAACAGAAGCAGGCCAAAGACUUCUCGGGUGGUUGGCGCAUGCGAAUCGCGUUGGCACGCGCUCUAUUUGUGAAGCCGCAUCUGCUGCUGCUGGACGAGCCGACAAAUCAUUUGGAUCUGGAUGCGUGCGUGUGGCUGGAGGAGGAGCUGAAGACGUACAAGCGCAUUCUGGUGCUUAUUUCACACUCGCAGGACUUCCUCAACGGCGUCUGCACGAACAUCAUUCAUUUGACCGGCAAGCGUCUCAAGUACUACACGGGCAACUAUGAGGCAUUUGUGCGCACCCGCAUGGAACUGCUGGAGAACCAAAUGAAACAAUACAACUGGGAGCAGGAUCAGAUAUCGCACAUGAAGAACUAUAUUGCCCGAUUCGGUCACGGUUCCGCCAAGCUUGCCCGCCAGGCCCAGUCCAAGGAGAAAACGCUGGCCAAAAUGGUUGCCCAGGGCCUCACCGAAAAGGUCACCGAUGACAAGGUGCUCAAUUUUUACUUCCCCUCUUGCGGCAAGGUGCCUCCGCCAGUCAUCAUGGUUCAGAAUGUGAACUUUCGGUACAGCGAUGAAACGCCAUGGAUCUAUAAGAAGCUCGAGUUUGGCAUUGAUCUGGACACGCGCCUGGCACUGGUGGGUCCCAACGGAGCUGGCAAGUCGACGCUGCUGAAGCUGCUCUAUGGCGAUCUGGUGCCCACAUCCGGCAUGAUUCGCAAGAAUUCGCAUCUGCGCAUCGCGCGCUAUCAUCAGCAUCUACAUGAGCUGCUCGAUCUGGAUGCCAGCCCGCUCGAGUACAUGAUGCGCGCAUUCCCCGAUGUCAAGGAAAAGGAGGAGAUGCGCAAGAUCAUUGGACGCUAUGGCCUCACUGGCCGCCAGCAGGUUUGCCCCAUCCGACAGCUGUCGGAUGGUCAGCGUUGUCGCGUCGUCUUUGCCUGGCUGGCAUGGCAGGUGCCGCAUCUGUUGCUACUCGACGAGCCGACCAAUCACUUGGACAUGGAAACCAUCGAUGCUUUGGCGGAUGCCAUCAAUGAUUUUGAUGGAGGCAUGGUGCUAGUUAGUCACGAUUUCCGUCUCAUCAAUCAGGUGGCCGAGGAGAUUUGGGUCUGCGAGAAGGAGACGGUGACCAAAUGGAAGGGCGGCAUUUUGGACUACAAGGACCACUUGAAGAACAAAAUUCACACCGACAAUGAGAAGAAGGCCAAGGCGGCAAGCAAAUAAAUAGAUAUGAUGGAUUAUACAAAGCACAAUACACACACACACACAUGCACACACACACACACAUACACACACAUACACACACACACACACAUACAUACACACACACACACAUACACCUACAUUUGCACUCACAUACACAGUAUACAGGCAAAGGUUGAUCCCCUCUCUCUCUCUCUCUGUCUUUCUCUCUCUCUCUCACUCUCUCUUUCCAUCUUAUACUUCUCGUGCUCCUCACUCUUUCUUCAAUAGAGGCGCGGUGUGUAACGCUAUGUGAAAUUAGUUUUGAGUUUACACUACGCUAUAGUCAAGUCAUGUGAACUAGAUAUUAACAACAACAAUAAAACAAAAACAGAAACACUGUACACACACACACACACACACAUCCAUAUGAAUUCAACAUAAACAAACAACAAAUUUAUAGGUGAAUUUUUUUCAUUUUCUGUGUCGAUUUAAAAUUAAUAAAAUGUGAGACAAAACCAACAACCAACAACAACUACUACAAAACAGCUUGUGAUCUUAAGCUUAAGCCACAUUUUCGACAUUUUGUUUAACACACUCUCUCUCUCUCUCACACACACACACACACACAUGCAUACACACACUCAUGCCAGAAUCACUUCUAUAUAUUGUGUACAAAAUGCAGAAAACGUGGCUU